GGAGGCCGGUCCAGAGUUCGAACGAAGUUUCCAAUUCGAGGCCAUCGUUGCAUACAUACAUAUAUAUGUCACGUCUCCCCAAAACAUACAAGAGCCAACAAUUUCGUUAGCAGCACACUCUUGCCAAGCUGCCUGCCAUGGUGGGAUGGUUAAGCUUGUGUCUCAUAGCCCUAUCCACGCUACUUGCCCUUUGGUUUCUCCGCAAGCUCUCCGGCCGCAAGAACAAGCCCAAGAAGCAGCUGCUGCCCCCUGGACCAUGGACUCUCCCGAUCAUCGGCAGCCUCCACCACCUCAUGGGCGUCCUCCCACACCGCACUUUCAUGGCGCUGUCUCAGCGGCACGGGCCACUGAUGUUCCUACGGCUGGGCGAGGUCCCAACCGUGGUGGUCUCGAGCGCCGACGCCGUGGCGCUCGUGGUGAAGACCAACGACCUCAAGUUCUCCAGCCGGCCGACCAUCCCAACCAUGGACAUCCUGACCUGCGGCGGCGAGGGCUUCGCCUUCACCCCCUACGGCGACCACUGGCGCCAGAUGCGCAAGGUGUGCAUCGUGGAGCUCCUCAGCGCCAAGCAGGUGAAGCGCAUGGAGGGCAUCCGGGCCGAGCUCGUCGGCAACCUCGUCCGCUACAUCUCCGGCAACGCCUCCGCCGGUGCCAGUAACACCGUGAACGUCAGCGAGAGGGUGACCAGGCUCAGCAACGACGUGGCGUCGGAGGCAGUGUUCGGGGGCAAAUUCGCCCGGCAGCGCGAGUACCUCCAGUCGCUGGACGAGGCCAUGUCGCUGCUGGGCGGCUUCUACCUCGUCGACCUCUUCCCGUCGUCGCGGCUUGUGAGGUGGCUCAGCAAUGGCGAGCGCAAGAUGGAGAGGAGCUACGGCUGCAUGCAGAAUCUCAUCGACGACAUCAUCGUGGGGCGCAAGGCGGCGAAAGCGGCCGGCAGCCUCGCCUUCAACGCCAACGACGACGACCUGCUCAACGUGCUGCUCAGGCUGCAGGAGGAGGACUCGCUCCCGUUCCCUCUCACCACCAAGACUAUUGGCGCCGUCUUGUUUGAAAUUUUUGGAGCUGCCACAGAGACCACAGGGAGACUUUUGGAGUGGAUUAUGUCCGAGCUCAUCCGUCAUCCUGAAGCUAUGGCCAAGGCACAGCUUGAGGUCCGUAAGGUGCUAGGUGAAGACCGAGCUGUUAUUACCAAUAACGACCUUGCUGAACUCCAUUACAUGAGGAUGGUCAUCAAGGAAGUUCUUAGGUUGCAUCCACCCAAUCCUCUGUUCUUCCGCAUGGCCCGAGAGGACUGUAAAAUUAUGGGUUAUGACGUGCCUAAAAACACCAGUGUAUACGUUAAUAUCUUCGCAAUUUCCAGGGAUCCAAAGUACUGGGAAAAUCCUGAAAGUUUCCAGCCUGAGAGGUUCGAGAACAAAAAUAUGGAUUACAAUGGGACAUACUCCGAAUUCAUUCCCUUUGGGGCUGGGCGUCGGCAGUGCCCGGGGAUUCAAUUCAGCUCAUCACUCACGGAGGUUGCGUUGGCACACUUUCUGUAUCAUUUCGACUGGAUGCUUCCUGAUGGAGCUACCGUAGCUUCGUUUGACAUGUCCGAGAAAUUUAAGUUAACGCUAAGCAGAAAGUAUGACCUCCAUCUCAGAGCUACUCCACACGUGUGGGCUUGAAAGCUAUGCCAUCAAAAUGAUACAGAAAGCUUGUGAAUAUACGUGUUAAUGUACGUUUACAUUGUAUGCAUGUCGUACCUUUGUGCGUUAGAAUAAGGGAAGCUGAUCGUAAACAUUGUGGUAUUGUACUAUCAUCCGUGCUUUGCAUGACAGAAAGAUAUCAUGGAACAUGAUUGUAUUAGUUCCGUGUUUGUUUAUGAUUUAUGAAUAAUACAGUGAUUAUUAUAU